CCUGCUUUUGUUUUCUAGGUCAGCAAGAAGUUGAGGGGGCAAGUUGGUCUCCUUUUUACCAAUCGCACUAAGGAGGAAGUGAACGAGUGGUUCACGAAAUACACAGAGAUGGACUAUGCCCGAGCUGGGAACAAAGCAACUUUCACUGUGAGCCUGGAGCCGGGGCCCCUGGAGCAGUUCCCCCACUCCAUGGAGCCACAGCUGAGGCAGCUGGGCCUGCCCACUGCCCUCCAGAGAGGUGUGGUGACCCUGCUGUCUGACCACGAGGUGUGCAAGGAGGGCGACGUGCUGACCCCAGAGCAGGCCCGUGUCCUGAAGCUUUUUGGGUAUGAGAUGGCCGAAUUCAAGGUGACCAUCAAAUACAUGUGGGAUGCACAGUCUGGAAGGCUCCAACAGAUGGGAGAUGAGUUGCCAGAGAGCGCGUCCGAGUCAGAAGAAGAAUCAGAGGAAGAAGAUGACGGCUGAUGGGACUGGGGACCAAGGGGCUCCCAGCCAAUCCAAGCGUCAUGUCGCCUGGACCCCGGGACCGCCGCCCUUCCCGGGGGACAGCAGUCAUUUUGCUGUGGAUCAAGACAAGGGAGGGCGAUAGGGACAGACUGUUGUUCUAUAAAGAAUAAAACUGUCACCAGGGUGUCUCCCUGUAGACAGCAAAAGCGAUGUCCCUCAAAAACAA